AUGGGAUUCCAGAGCCAGGCCCAACGUCAAGCCAUCAAAGCCCUGUCCAGUGCUCUGGAUCAGGAGGAGAGACAACAGCUGGGCUCCGAAAGGCCCCUUCUGGUGUGCAGCGAGGCUUUCCGCGAGUUCCUCCACCAGCACUGUCCCGUGGUGACAGAGCGCUUCAGUCCAACGCCGUGGUGCUGGGGAGGCCGUCUUCAAACGGUGGUCUCCUACUUCAUCAAGUCCAGACCUGCCGUCACUUAUCGCAAUACGCGGAUCUGCACAGCUGAUGGUGGUCAGAUAUCUCUUGACUGGGUGGACAAUGAUGCCAGCACCGCCUACCCAGAAUCCUCCACCCGGCCCACGGUGCUUCUCCUUCCCGGCUUGACGGGGAACAGCCAGCAAUCUUAUGUGCUCCAUGCUAUCAAGCAGGCCACCAGGCAUGGCUACAGAUGUGUGGUCUUCAACAACAGAGGCUUUGGAGGCGAAGAGCUGCUUACCCCGAAAACAUUCUGUGCCGCCAACACUUCAGAUCUAGAGCAUGUGGUGUGCCAUGUCAAAAGCCUCUACCCACAAGCCCCCAUCUUUGGUGCUGGUGUCUCUUUGGGAGGCAUGAUACUGCUGAACUACUUGGGCCGUAAGGGGUCGGAGUCCGGGAUGGUGGCGGGUUUGACCAUCUCCGUCCCCUGGGAUGCACAAAAGUCCGCUAUCUCCAUGGAAGAACGUCUUAACUGGCUGCUCUUCAACAGACAACUCACACUCGGACUGUGUAAAGCUGUCCUCAGGCACAGGAAGAUUCUGGAGAAAGUAGUGGACAUUGAGAAUGUCAUCCAGGCUCGCACUAUUCGGGAAUUUGAUGAACGCUUUACCACGCUGCUGUUUGGCUACGAAACAUGCACAGAAUACUACUACGAUGCAAGCCCGGACAAAAAACUGCCUCAUAUCGCCGUGCCCAUCUUGUGUCUCAAUGCAGCCGACGACCCCUUCUCUCCACAACACUACAUCCCCUUCACCAUAGCCCAGGACCUGUCAAAUGUGGCACUUUUGAUGACAUCCCAUGGUGGACACAUAGCCUUCAUGGAAGGCUGGUUCCCGCGUGGAGAGAGUUACAUGGAGCGUGUGUUCGAUCAGUUUGUCCGAGCUUCCUUGGAACACCCAAAUGACAUCAGGAAAGCAUGCAGCCUGGAGUAGGAAGAGACAUGCGGAGUGUCUGUGCUUUUUGAAAUACUGAUUGUAAUCGGGCUAUUGCACUAAAACAAUUGUGUGUGAGUGUAGGUUUUUUUUUUUGUCUUAGAACAACUGUAAUCAAGGAUAACACCAUCACCAUCGUGUUGAUCUACCUCAAUGCCUCAGUAUUCAGGACAUUUAACCUCAUUGGCUGCUCACAAGUCACAAAAUAGUUAAUUUGUAAUCAUUCCUUGCAAAUGUUGUAGUUUGUAGAGGUUCACAAUACAGUUGAGUCUUCUUAGUUCACUUUUCCAUGUUAUUUCUUAAUACCCUCAAUAAAACACCAAUUAUUUACACAAGAUAAAAUGAGUGCUGAUCUGUACUUUCACAUGUCAUGUUAUGAAUGUUUCAUUUAUAAUCUAAUGAAUAAUGAUCAACAUAUAUUCUUAUUAGAUUGUGCAAACAUUAAAUGUAGCUUGGCUACCACUGAGAACGAGUCCUGUCAUUACAAUUUCUACUACUUACUUGUAAACCAAUAGCUGAACAUGAGUCAUGACGAUUAAUAUUGAAGUGAUAUCGAUUUCCUCGCGUCCGGUUAAGUAACGUUUGGCUGAGAAACAAGGGUGUGGAGAUGUCCCCAUUCACUACAGAAGAGAUCAAAUUGGGUAUUUUUAUAAACGACUGUAACAUAGAAAUGUUUGUCAACAUUAUUAUGCUCCAGGCAAAUUUUUUUCUACAUAAAUGUCGAUUUAUGAAAGUAAGGCCUACAUUUUCUAAUUGGCUUAAUGGUUUACAAUUAUCAAUCAAGUUAUGGAGAAUGAUUAAGAGUACAAAAGCCCUUAAAUUGAUAUAUUUGUUAAAAACAUUUAAAGUGAUUCAGAUAGACCUUGUCUUUUUUUUUUUAUAUAUAUAUUUUUUAUGAUUAUUCAUAUUUAAUACUCUAUCUGUAUUUGCUUUUGUUUUCUUUCCUUGAUGUUGAA